UGUUAUUACAAUUUAAGAUUUUUGACCCCUAUGUGAAUUCAUCCAGGUCACAUUGGCAGCCAACCUUGCCCCCUCCCCCUCCCCAUCCCCCAUCCCCACCACUGAAACCUGUUCGACUCCACACGACCACACCAGUCUUCUCUCCCCAUUUGUCUGCCAGCCGCUGGACUCCGCACGCUGUUCUCCACCGUACCACAUAACUGAUCAUAUUAGCCUUCAGAAACGUGUGUAAAAACCUGUGAUCAUGUCCUCAGUGCUACAGAAGCUGAUUAGCCCUCUGGCCAGCAGCCCUGCUGAGCCCCCCAGAAACAAGGUGACGGUGGUCGGGGUGGGCCAAGUGGGCAUGGCCUGCGCCAUCAGCAUCCUGCUGCGGGACCUGUGUGAUGAGCUGGCCUUGGUAGAUGUGAUGGAGGACCGUCUCAAGGGAGAGAUGAUGGACCUGCAGCAUGGCAGCCUUUUCCUCAAGACCUCCAAGAUAGUUGCUGACAAAGACUACGCAGUAACAGCCAACUCUCGCUUGGUUGUGGUGACGGCCGGUGUUCGCCAGCAGGAGGGGGAGAGCCGCCUUAACCUGGUGCAGAGGAACGUCAACGUCUUCAAGGCCAUCAUCCCCCAGAUCAUCAAGUACAGCCCCAACUGCACAAUCAUCGUGGUCUCCAACCCUGUUGACGUGUUGACCUAUGUGACCUGGAAGCUGAGUGGUCUGCCAAAGAAUCGCGUCAUCGGCAGCGGCACCAACCUGGACUCAGCCCGUUUCCGCUACAUGAUGGCCGAACGCCUUGGCAUCCACGCCAGCUCUUUUAACGGCUGGGUGCUGGGCGAGCAUGGAGACACCAGCGUGCCAGUGUGGAGCGGCGCUAACGUGGCAGGAGUCAAUCUGCAGAAGCUGAAUCCUGAUAUUGGCACUGAUGGUGAUAAAGAACAGUGGAAGGCCACACACAAGGCUGUAGUGGACAGUGCCUAUGAGGUUAUCAAGCUGAAAGGCUACACUAACUGGGCCAUUGGUCUGAGCGUGGCAGACCUGACUGAGAGCAUCGUCAAGAACAUGAGCCGUGUCCAUCCUGUCUCCACCAUGGUCAAGGACAUGUAUGCUAUUGGAGAGGAGGUCUUUCUGUCUCUGCCCUGCGUGCUGAACAGCAGCGGCGUGAGCAGCGUGGUCAACAUGACCCUGACGGACGCCGAGGUGGGCCAGCUGAAGAAGAGCGCCAACACGCUGUGGAGCAUCCAGAAGGACCUGAAGGACAUCUGAACACACCCAUGCUCAUAAUACAACCCCAUGAUGCAGAGAGGCUUGUCCACACGCACACACUCCGUUUAUAAUGUUACUCACUCUUAGACUGUAGCACUCUUAUUUUGAAGGAGAAUACCAGUGAUUUUAAGAGUUUGUUCCAGGGAGAAUUUCAGGUCUACGCAUACAUCAACCAGCCUGGUUUGUCAUUAGGUCACCACCUACUACCUGCAAAUCCCAUUUAAGUCUAAACUGGUAAGCUCCUUGAAAAAAAUACCCACAUUUGCUACCCAACAGUUAGUGGGCUGAAGUUGCUGUGUGACUGUUUGUGUUAAGAGAUAAAAGCCAACCUGUGUACGUUCAACUGGACCAGGAUCAAAUGCAACCCUCAAAAACUCACUGUCUUCCUCCAACACUUAGUGUACUGCGUUGUUCCUUUAGUUCCCUACCGGGAAUGAGAGAGAGAGAGAGAGAGAGAGACCCUAAAAGGACGCUGUUUUCCUUCUGCUUUCGUCUUAAAGUGGUACGCCUGCACACUUGGGUCAACACUGACAAUGUGAGUGUGAAGUUGAAUGUUUCUUGCCCUCCUGUUUCCUCAGUGUUAGCAAAGGGAGAUGGCGUAGAAGGAAAGGAAUGCAAAUGUCCAGCUCCAGUUUUUUCAAACUUCAGUUGUUACUGUCUGACCUUGUGUUGUGUGUAACUUAAUAAAUUUGAACCUGAUGAAGGGUAA